GUUCAGGGGAACCUAUCGGGGAGCACUCGGGGGAACGUUCGGACACGGGAGAAUGUUCAGACAUGGGGGAACGUUCAGACAUGGGGGAACGUUCAGACACGGAGGAACGUUCAGACACGGGAGAACAUUCAGCCUCAAGGAAACAAGAGGACAUGGAGGAACAUAUGGUGGAGCCGGAGUACUCAGAAGAACAUAAACGCUCAAGCACGGGGGAACAUUCAGACACGGAGGAACAUUUAGCCUCAGAGGAACGUUCAGAAUUGGGGGAACAUUCAAACUUGGGGGAACGUUCAGACUCAGAGGAACACUUGAGGGAACCUUCAGCCUCAGGGGAACGUUCAGACUUGGGGGAACAUUCAGUCUCGGGGGAACAUAUAGGUGAGGAACGGUACGAAAACAAAUUAGAGAUAUAUUGA